GUGGCUAAACGUACACUGUUCUAUGCUGUUCAAUCAGCCGCUUACCGGCUCCCCGCUCCGAAUCUACACACGAGAUUCUUUUUAGUCUGUAAGCUUCUUUAACGUUAUUCUACACUUUACAUAGCUUGUACACGCUCGUUCCUUGCUGUUUUAACCCCCGGACAUGUUGGAGCUGGUUCUGCUCCUUGCGGUAUGUUUCACGCCAACUACCAGUAUUCACUGUGAGGAUGACAUCACUCUUGAUGACGUCCAGGAGUAUUCCCUGAAUAUUUUCGAGGCUGGGAAUAUAGAGUAUUGGAGGACAGCACAGAAUAAUUUCCAAACUUAUGGAAAGUUCGUUGGGAAUCCAAAAAUUCUGUCAUCAAGGCUGGAUACUACACCGAAAAGGGCCAGCUUAUAUCUGGAUUAGCGAUCGACUGCGCUAAAGGAAAAUUCCAUGUCCAAGUCACAGAUGAUACGAAUCAGGACGAAGACGUUGUAAAAAACGUGUUCACAGGAGAUCUAGCUAGCGAUGGACAGUGUGUGGACGGUGCCGAGUUUGAUCUUUGGUUAAAGGUACACCAACCUUCAUGAUGAGCUGGAUCUACAACGGACAAGCUCUCCAGGAGGGCACACGUAUGACACCAUUCCGACACGGAACGGCCAUUGUCGAGAGGGAAAGGCCAAUGAAAGUUGCUACCAAAUACGGAGCAGACAAAGCCAAGACGUUCAAGAUAACCUCUACAAAAGCAGCCAAGUUUACCAGAGUAACUUGGGGCCAGUGUGUAUCAUGGCCUGUCUCCCUGAGAAAGGACUGUCAGGGUGCCCGCAAGUGGGUCCAAGUACACAGCAAGAUGGCUGAAGCGGUCGGAGGUCUGGGUAAGUUCGGCUCCGACAUGACCGUCUUCGCUCCCACCUGUUUCCUAGGGAGCAAAUACUACGAUUGGCUCCAGGAGUCAGUCCAUCCUGACAGACUCUCCCAGGGAACUUCCUACUGUUGCUGCGUGGACAUGGUGACCGGGAUUACUAUUGAUAAUGACGACGUGAAUCAAUGUAGUAUGUCUCUGGAUGGUGGGAGUGGAGGCUGUGGUAAGUCUUGUAUGCAGUAUGCUGUCCCUAGCAUUAUCGAGAAGGUCAUGGCGGAGCAGGAUGAGAUGGAUGACAGCUUACUCCUCUAAAUGAACUGGACUAGAGAUCACCGGAAAAACUUGUUGAUCAUUUUAAAUGUUUUAUUGUUCCAUAAUAUGAGCUUUGGUGCCCGUUUUUUCAUAGCUUUGCUUGCUUUAGAUUGAUCUUUCAUUUAAGAAAAUAAUCAUGACUGGGUCAAUUUUCAAGAUGAGAUUUGAUGAUAAAAUAAGAUUUAGAACAGUUUUAAAGAGAUUUUUAAAGUUUAGUUGACUAACAUUAUUGUAUCAUGUUUAUCUGUUUGCUGA